CGGUCACAUUUCUAGCACUUUUCACGUUUUUCAGCACUGCCACACGUGUUGUUUUUACCGGACCAAAUGGAAAUUGACGAAGAAAAGCAUCAGGAGACCAUUCCGAAGAACCCCAAUGAGAACAUUAUACGCGAGCGCCAUGCCGAGAUCGUGUCUGGGGGCAAUGUCUUCUACAAUCCAGUGCAGGAAUUCAAUCGAGACCUCAGCAUUGCCGUUUUGAAUGUCUACCAACAGCGCCUGACCAAGGAGCGAUGCGAGAAGGCGCUUAAAAAACUACGUAAACAGGUGAACGAGCCGGAGGCCACUCCGCCGAUUGACACUCCCCCGACCUACGUGGCAGGCACACAGUACGCGGAUGGCUUGCGGAUACUGGAGGCAUUGGCUGCCACGGGACUGCGCAGCAUUCGAUAUGCGCAGGAGAUAGCCGGCGUGCGGCAGAUUGUGGCCAAUGAUCUGUCCCGACAGGCCGUGCAGUCCAUUAACGCCAAUGUUCAGCACAACAAAGUGGAGCCGCUGAUUGAGGCCAGCCAUGCGGAUGCCAUGACUCUCAUGUAUCUGUCUACCGCUCAGGAGAAGCGCUUCGAUGCCGUUGAUCUGGAUCCUUACGGCUGUCCGAAUCGCUUUCUCGACGGCGCCAUGCAGUGCCUGGUCGAUGGUGGCCUGCUGCUGGUCACAGCCACCGACAUGGCCGUGCUGGCGGGCAACGCCCCGGAGGCCUGCUACGUGAAGUACGGCUCGGUGCCACUGCGGAUGAAGUGCUGCCACGAGAUGGCACUGCGCAUUCUGCUGCACUGCAUCGAGAGUCAUGCGAACAGGUAUGGCAAGUACAUUGAGCCGCUGCUGAGCGUCUCCGCGGACUUUUACGUGCGCAUCUUUGUUCGUGUGCAUGUGGGCCAGGCGCAGUGCAAGCUGUCCAUGAGCAAGCAGUCCUGGCUGUAUCAGUGCACGGGUUGCGACACCUACACGCUGCAGCCGCUGGGCAUCACCAAACCAAAUCCCACCGCUGGCAAUCCCCAGCAGCUCAAGUAUGGCAUCCCAACGGGUCCAGCGGUGAACACCCAGUGCGAGCACUGCGGACACAGGCAUCACCUAGGCGGUCCCAUCUGGUCUGCACCUCUGCACAAUCCAGACUUUGUCAAGGAUUUGCUCCAGGCUGUGCAGGAGACGCACCUAAGCGAGCUGGGCACACAACGACGCAUUGUGGGCGUGCUAUCCGUGGUGCAGGAAGAACUUCCCGAUGUCCCACUGUACUACACACCCGACAAGCUGUGCUCCGUGCUCAAGCUGGAGAUUGUGCCCAUGCUGAAGUUCAGGUCUGCCCUGCUGCAUGCCGGCUAUCGUGUGUCCUACUCGCAUGCAUCGAAGAACUCGCUGAAAACCGAUGCACCGCCCUCCGUGCUGUGGGACAUUCUGCGCUGCUGGAGCAAGAGGCAUCCAGUGCGGCCAGAGCGGAUGAUUCCGGGUACACCCUUGCAGGCCAUACUGUCGAAGGCGUGCACCAGGGACUACGAGUUCGAUGAGCUGCAUGCGGCGGCCAAUCCAAAGAGUCGCCGCUCGGCGCUCUCACGCUUCCAGACAAACCCAGCGCCACACUGGGGGCCGGGCACAAGGGCAACCAUCAUGAUUGGUGAAAAUAAACUGCCAAAAAGUUAUCGUAACCAGAACAAGAAGCAGCGCCAUAAAACGUCACAGGAGGCAGCUGGGCCACAGGACGAGCCAGUUGAAGCGGAAGAAGAGGAGCCAGAGACAGAGGCACAUCUCCCCAAGCAGCCCAAGCUGGAGGCAGCGACUGCGUGACGUUGCUUUAUGGGGCUGCUUCCUUGUCAAAAUUUAAUUUUCAAUAAAGUUCUUAAACGCAA